CAAAACUUCAAUAACCAUGAUCCUUCCAACCAUCAAAGUUCGUUUCUUCAUUUUUUGCAUUGUUGGGUUUGGGAUAGUCUCAGCUCAAUUGUCCUCUAAUUUUUAUGCCCAAACAUGCCCUAAUGCACUCUCAACCAUUAGCGCAGCAGUAAAGUCUGCUGUGAACAACGAGCCUCGCAUGGGGGCCUCCCUUCUCCGUCUUCAUUUCCAUGAUUGUUUUGUUCAAGGAUGUGAUGCAUCAGUACUAUUGGAUGAUACAUCGAGUUUCACAGGUGAAAAGACAGCGAAUCCCAACGCUAAUUCAAUAAGAGGAUUUGAGGUAAUAGACACCAUUAAGUCUAAAGUGGAGAGUUUAUGCCCCGGUGUUGUCUCUUGUGCUGAUAUCCUUGCUGUAGCUGCAAGAGACUCAGUUGUUGCUCUUGGUGGGCCAAGUUGGACAGUGCGAUUGGGUAGAAGAGACUCAACCACAGCAAGUUUAAGUUUAGCUAACUCUGACUUGCCAGCUCCAUCUUCGGAUUUAAGUGGCCUUAUCAACGCCUUCUCCAACAAAGGCUUCUCAACUAAGGAACUGGUUGCUCUUUCAGGAUCUCACACAAUUGGGCAAGCGAGGUGUGUGAGCUUUAGAACAAGGAUUUACAACGAGACCAACAUAGAUUCCUCUUUUGCAAAAUCAUUGCAAGGAAAAUGUCCUAGCACAGGUGGUGAUAGCAAUUUGUCCCCUCUUGACACAACCAGUCCAACCACCUUUGACAAUGCUUACUACAAGAAUUUGCAAAGCAAAAAGGGUCUUUUGCACUCGGAUCAACAGCUUUUUAAUGGAGGAUCCACAGACUCUCAAGUAAAUGCUUAUAGCAAUGAUGCCGCUAGUUUCAAAACUGACUUUGCCAAUGCAAUGAUUAAAAUGGGGAACCUUAGCCCACUCACUGGGUCUAGUGGCCAGAUUAGGACCAAUUGUAGGAAGACCAACUGA